AUGUCACAUUAUUAUCAUACAACACCUAUUGUUAGAGGUAGUGCCACACCAACUCUAUCAGGUACACCAACUUUUAUUGGAGGAGGUUUAACAUCAUCAAAUACACCUACACCUACUUUAUUAUCAUCUGACCCAACAUCUACAACAUCGACAUCUACAACACCUACUACAUCAACACCAUCAUCAUCUACUACACCAACAUUGACAAAUCAACACUUACCACCAUCAACUGUAUUGGUACCAGAUCUAAGUAAUGUUAAAGAUUUCAAGAGUGUAUUAUCAAGACAUUUAGCUGCUCAUCAACAAGAUUGGCCUGUUUUAUUGGGUAAAAUAUUUGGUUCAGAUCCUAGAGGUAUCAUUCGUAUAUGUACAGAGGAUGAAGUACCAGAACUAUUACAUCUUCUCAAUCACAAAUCUGACGUAUUUCGUUUUCUCAUGUCUCAUUUCUCAAGUAACAUGAAUUCAUAUAACUUUCCAAUGGAUAGAGUUCCUAAAUCAAUUAUACAAAAAUUAUAUUCAAAUCAAUUAUUGACACCAAAAAUAUUAGAAGGAUGGGAUACAAUUGAUAAAACUAGGUUCAUUACUGUUAAUAUAUUUCAACUUUAUUUCUUUGCUUUUGGUUUAUUUGGUGAUUAUUGGAAACCAAAUGGAUCAUCAUCAAGAUCAGUUUUUGGAGUUCCAACAAUUAGUAUUAGUAGUAAUAAUUUAAACAAAUCAUCAUCAUCAUCAACACCAUCAAGAUCUCAACCAUCAAGUGAUCGUCAAAAAGUUAUUUAUCACAAGUUGUUGGUUGAUUAUUUAAACUAUUUCUUUCCACUUGGAGGACAAGUCAAUUACGAAUCGAUUGAUCAAUCACUAUGUUUUUUUAAAAUACUUUGUGAAUGUUACCUUGGUCAUAAUAUUACAAAUCUUUUAAUUUCAAAAUCUCCAAAUAUUAAAUCAUUAUUAGAUACUUUUAAAAAACCAACAUCAUUUAAUUUAGAAGCAACAUUGUUAAUGUUAUCACAUUUCCAAAAAUUUAUAAAGUAUUGUACAAAUGGUCAAUACUCUAUUUAUAACAAUUACAACUAUAAUAAUAUAAAAAUACUUUCACCUACUGAAAAUGACAAUAAUAAUAGUAAUAAUAAUAAUAAUAAUAAUAAUAAUUCAGGAUCAAAAAAUAAUUCACCAACUCCAACAAGUCCAAAACAAACAAACAUUAAUAUUGGAUUCCUGAAUCAAGCAUAUGAUAUUAUAAGGUAUCCAUUAUUUGUAUACUUGGUUUCUUAUUUUGAAAAAUUCGAUAUCAGCGACAAUUCAUUACCAACAGAAUAUGUUACAAGAUUAUGGAUCAACUAUUUAACACCUUGGAGACACAAUAGUCAACUUGAAAAACAAAAAUCUUCUAGUUUCUUUUCAUCUUUUCAAGGGAAUAACAAUAAUCAAGAUCAACAAAAAUCAAUCUCGGAAAAUUUUAUAAUUGAAAAUUAUUACAUGUAUAGUUAUGUAUUUUCAAAUUUUAUAUUUAGAGCUUUAUUUUCUUUGGAUUUAUCCCAAGAGAAUAAUUUUAAUACAUUGAAAAAAAUAUUGGAUUUUUUUAUGGAUACACCAUUACUUCAAUGUUUACAAUCAAUUGAUAAACAUGAUAGAUUUUUAAUGAAACAAACUCAAGGUGAAGCUUUAUCAAGUGAAAUAAUUUUAUGUUUAGAAAAACAAUUAAUUUAUUAUGGUAUUAUUGAAAACCAAGAAAGAUUCUCAAUGUUUUCAAAUUCAAUGAGUCAAUAUGUCAAUGCAUUGAUUCAAAAUUUAUUCAAGAAACAAAAUGUUCCCAUAAAAUACAAGGAAUAUAUUUAUCAAAAAUUAUCCUUAAUUUAUAUUAUUGAAGAACCAAAAAUACAAGAAAUUGCAAAUGAAUUAAGAUCUAGAACAAAUAAGACUACUACUACAACACCAACCGAAUCCCAUCAACAACCACCACAACAACAUGAAAUAGUACAACUAAAACAAUUGGGUUAUAUAGUAUCACCAAAACGCAAUCAAGAUGGAACAUUGACAGAUGAAGGAAGACGUCAACUACAAAAAGGAAUAAGAACUUGUAACCCCAUCUUUGAUCAAUACCAAUAUCCAAUCUCACAUUUGGAGAAUAGACCAAUCACCUCUGAAGAAUUAGGUCUACCAAUUAAAUUGGCCUAUUACUAUUCUGACAACCACCAAAUUAGAAUAUAUUGCAAUCUUUUCAUCAAUUGGAUUGAUUGUUUUUUAUAUCUUUAUUAA